AUGAUGACGAAGACUUCUGAGCACUCGGCCGACUAUACAUAUGUCAUGCCACAUACCACCUCGGAGAUACAACGACUACGCAAUCAGCAUGACUGGAUCAAGGCCUCCAUGGGCGGCAAGCUAGUCUUUGCCCCAAUUGAACCAGACCAGCCUAUGCAUGUGUUGGAUUCCGCGACUGCCGAUGGAUUUUGGUGCUUAGAUGCGGCCAAAGAACUCCCAGUGGGGUCGAGCUUUGUGGCCUUCGAUAUCGGGGAUCAUCUCUUUCCAGCACCGGAUCAAAUCACGGCUGAGAUUCAACUUGUCAAGGCAAGCGUAACCGAGCCAUUCCCCGGCGACUGGACUGGCACCUUCGAUUUUGUCCACCAACGAUUUCUAUUUCCGUCUUUACCCGAACAUGAGCCAGCCCUUGGGAAUCUGCUUGACGCAGUCAAGCCAGGGGGGUGGGUUCAAUUUGUUGAGGUGGACAUGUUGACCUCGGCCAAGACCGAGGCCUCAGGCGAACGCGAACGCGAACGCCAGCAGGCUCCCGCUUUUACGGUGCUGCGCCGGCUGGCCAGCAGUCUUCUGAUCCAUCCUACAGCCGCAGAUCAAAUAGCUGGAUGGGUCCGUCAGUACAAUUUUGAGGAUGUAACGGAGUCGACGUACGACAUCGCGGCCGGAAUGGGGAAUCCGGACCUUGUUGCAGGGGUGUUAGGCCGUACCAAUAUGCUGCACGUGUUGGAGACCUUUAUGGGUUACUAUCGAAGCGCCAAGGAAGACACCCUAGGACUGAGUGAGGCGGCGUGGGACGCUUUGCCUCGGGAACUGGCGCGAGAAAUGGACCUGUACCCACUUACGGUGCGUAUCAAUGUUGUUACUGGCCGACGUUCGUUGUAG